AUGUUUAAAAAUGAAAGACCCGUGGAUAUAGGUAUUCUGGCAAUGGAUAUGUAUUUCCCCAAAAACUAUGUAAACCAAACUGAUUUGGAAAUUUAUGAUAAAGUUUCAAAAGGAAAAUAUACAAUCGGACUUGGACAAAAUAAUAUGGCAUUUUCAGGUGAUAGAGAAGAUAUAGUAUCAAUGGCAAUGACAUCAGUUAAAAUGUUAAUGGAGAAAUAUAAGAUUGAUUACAAUAUGAUUGGUAGAUUAGAGGUUGGAACAGAGACUAUCAUUGACAAAUCGAAAUCAGUUAAAUCAGCAUUAAUGCAACUAUUUCAGGAUAAUGGCAACAACACAUCCAUUGAAGGUGUAGACACAAUGAAUGCAUGCUAUGGUGGAACCAAUGCGCUUUUUAAUAGCGUUCAAUGGAUAGAGUCAUCCUUUUGGGACGGCAGGUAUGCAUUGGUGGUGUGUGGUGAUAUAGCAGUAUAUUCAGUAGGACCUGCUAGACCUACAGGUGGUGCAGGUGUAGUAUCAAUGCUAAUUGGACCAAAUGCACCAUUAGUUAUGGAAACAUCAUUACGUGGAACUCAUAUGGAAAAUGUACAUGACUUUUAUAAACCAGAUUUAACAAGCGAAUAUCCCUAUGUAGAUGGCAAAUUAUCAAUUGAAUGCUAUCUCAGAGCCUUAGAUAAGUGUUAUGAGCAAUUUAAGAAACGUUAUGAACAAUUAAAUCCAAAUAGAAAGUUCUCAAUCGACCACUAUGACUAUUUUUGUUUCCAUUCCCCAUAUAAUAGAUUGGUCCAAAAAUCAUAUGCCAGAUUAAAAUACAACGAGUUUUUAAAUGACCCAGAUAAUCAAAGAUAUAAAGACUUUCUUCCAUUCAAAAAUUUAUCGACAGGAAAAGACUCUUAUAUCAAUCCAAAACUUGACCAAACUUCAUUAAAACUAUCUCAAGACGAUUUUAAAAAAAAAGUUGACCCCUCAACACUCUUAUCAAAAGAACUGGGUAAUAGUUAUUGUGGUUCUGUAUACAGUGGUAUUUUAUCAUUAUUAUCAAAUGUUAAUAAUUUACAAGAUAAAAGAAUUUUAGUGUUUUCAUAUGGAUCAGGUUUAGCAUCAUCAUUUUUUUCAUUUAGAGGCAACAGUAGUAAUAAUAUAAAUAAACAAUUCCCAUCAACACGAAACAUUGGAGAAAUUGCAAAUAUAAAAGAACGUUUACAAAAUAGAACAAAAAUAAACCCUGACGAAUUUUCAAGAAUUUUAGCAACCAGAGAGAAAAGUCACCUCUCUAUUAUUAAAGGUGCUCAUACACCAAUAGAUACAUUAGAUAAUAUUUCAAAUGGCACUUUUUACUUGGAAAAAGUCGAUGAUAAAUUAAUUAGACACUAUAAACUAAAACCAAUUUUAAAUUCAAACUUGUAA